UCGUGAGCAGCUGUGCUGGAGGGGGAGGGAGGGUCUCACCCGGGGGGGGAGACAUGGUCAGGGUGUCAGGUACCCCGCCAGCGGCAGCUUGGUCCCCGCUCCGUUACCUCGCCAAUCAGUGUUAAGUGCAAUUUUUUCUGCCUUUGGGUUUUGUUUAUUUUUUAAUGGAUAGUACUGACAAUUGUUGAAGGUUUUAUGGUUUUCUGUUGAAAGGGACAUUGGUAACUGAUUAGGUUUGCCGUAGCCAUGUCAGGAUCAGCCCCCGAGGAGCCUCAGACCAUUCCUCAGAGCCCAGCUAGUGUUGCUGACCCCGCUCCCGUUGCUGUCGGACCUGCAGGCUCAAGUGACAGUUCCUUUGGUGAGCAAAACCUUGGCUUCGCCACCCCCGAGGCCAGCCUGGUGGAGAUGAUGGACAUUGAGUACACCCAGCUGCAGCACAUACUUUGCUCGCACACGGAGGCGCAGAGUAGUGAAGGUGAAGUGGAAGCCAGGCUCAGCGCUUUCUCCUCGCCUGGCCCCUCUGCAGACCCCCCUCUGCAGCAGCCCUCCCCCAGCACCAGCCAGGACGGGGGCUCAUCCAGCAGCUCUGGGAACCAGUCGGUCUGCCCAGUCACCUGUCAGUCAGGGGUGCCUUGUGACAGCUACUGGCCGAGUUCUAACCCACACCUGGGCUAUGCUGACUUGCAGGAGCUCAGGAUGAUGUUACUUAGCGAGUCCAACCUCCCCGUGAGCCAAAGGGAGAAAGCGCCCAACAGUAGUAGCUCUGUAGAAGUCUCGGGAUGCAGUGUAGCAAAAGCUAAACAGGGUGAAAAUUUCUUGGGGGAGAAUAAGGAAAACAUAUUUGUUGAAAAUUCGGCACUGGCACCAGAGGUUAGAUCUAAACCUGCAGUCAGAGCUCGGUUGGAAGACAGAUUCAACAGCAGCCCGACAGAAAACCCCAGAUGUCAAGAACCCCAAGAAUCUGGAGUAACUCUUAACAAUUUAGUGACAUUGAUCCGCCAGCCCUCAGAAGUGGUGGGUGUUCCUCUUCACCAGCAAGGGAACAGGUGUGCUGCACUAGGGAAAAAUAAAGCUGCACCUGCCACACAUUCCUUACCAUUUACUUACCCGUUCUUUACCAUGAAUGCAUGUUCUGCUGCUGGAAGUGCUAACCCUUCCCAAGCACAGACCUGUGGAACAUCUUGCACUAUUUUGGAAGCUGCCAAACAUCAAGACCUUGGGAUACCCAAGACAUUCCCUUUUCUCUAUCAGGAAGUUGAAUCCACAAAACAGACAGUAGGUGCUAUAAAUAAAGCUUUGCCUGAGGAAGUUUGGAUUAAAGUUGGAGACACCUUAUGCAAGCAAGCCAUAAACAGAAGUUGCAGCCGGAUAAAUCUGUUGGAUGCAAACAUGGAUCGCAAACCUCUCGGUGAGAUUCGGAACGCCCGGGACAACAACCAGAGCACUGCAGCUGCCCAGGGCCCCUGGCAGUCAGCACAGCCCAGCUCCAGUGUGCAGGUACAAAGUGGUUCCCAGGAUGGAAGCGCCCAGAGAAGGGAGAGGCACAACCGCCUGGAGAGAGACAGGAGGCGCAGGAUCCGGGUUUGUUGUGAUGAGCUCAAUCUCCUCGUUCCCUUCUGCACGAUUGACACUGACAAGGCAACAACUUUGCAGUGGACAACUGCAUUCCUCAAGUACAUUCAGGAAAGGCACGGCGACUCCCUGAAGCAGGAAUUUGAGACUGUAUUCUGUGGUAAAACAGGUAGGAGACUAAAAAUUGGAAGACCAGACUCGUGUGUAAUGUGUCCAGCACAGGAAAACCGCACAGCUAUGGAGACCAAAUAACCUGACCUGCCCACCCUGAAUUGGGUGACAAUUGUCCAAACUGUGUUUUAUUCUUUUUAUUUACAUGCUGAAUAGGAAUUUUAAAGUGUAACUUGUAAAUAUGUAUAGAUAUGAAAUUUAAAGGAAAUGUUCUUUAUUGCAAUUGGAAGUUACCUACCAGCAGUGGAAAUCAGUGCCCUGUUCAAGAGGCUUUGGGACCAGAAGCUACAAGAAAAUGUCAUAACUAAGUAUUUUAACCCUUUAGUUAUAGAAAAAUUUGCUUGUCAUCCUGCUUUGGGGUCUUAUUUAAUUGUUUACUUGUACUUUCUUUUUUAAAGAUGAUGCAGUACAGAUUGGAAGGGUUCUAGAACAUCCAUCUGCCUAUCAUUUUAAUGGCUAGAUGCAAAAUCAUUCUUCCAGUGUGGAAAGAAACUAAAGUUACCAUAUUAUAAUGCCCAUUUUUCCCUUUAAAAUGUAAAUAUUGUAUUGGUUAUUUGGACAAGUGCAUAGUUUCUAAACUGUGUGUAUUAUGAAUUUUGCAUUUGCAUGCAUAUUUAACAUAAUUAGCUCCAAAGAGUAGUGCAAUGCUGUUGGCAUUUUUAAAUUCAGUAUUAUUUUUAAUGUCUGCCACACAACUGUCCAACAGGUUCUUGUGUUGUUACUUUAGACCAAAAAUGGCAUAUUUUAAACAGUAGAUAUUUAAAUGAACAAACUAUUUUUAUAUUUAAAGAGAAAUAUGAUGCUUUGUUCAUAGGCUUUGGCAUAUAGGACAGAAAUAGAACUGACUGUGAGCUGAGAGUGGCUUUAUUAAUUUUUUAAAAUAGAUGAUGCUAGCAAGUUUUAAAGUAUAAAAAGUUCUACCAAAAUUAAUACUGGUUUAAAUCACGGAUAAGAACAAUUGUGCAGCAAUUUAUGU